AUGGCCGACUCGCAGCUCUUCGAAGACACGUUCGAGAUCACGGGCAAGGUCGACAAUAAGUACGACCGCGUGUCGCGCGUCAGCGGCAUCUCGACCUCGCACGACGGCACCGAGUUCUCCCUCGAUGUCAACCACGAGCUGUACCCGCUCAACCAGCACGAGACUGUGCAGCUUAUGCUGGCCAGCACGCUGAACCUCGACGGCACCAAGGACGAGAAGGGCUGGCGCGAGCUCGACUCCAAUGAGACUACGCUUGCUGACAUGUACGACUAUGUCUGCCAUGGCAAGGUGUACAGGUUCGAAGAAGGCGAUGGCGACAAAAUUGGUGUCUACGUCUCCUUUGGCGGUCUCCUUCUUUACAUCAGCGGCCCUUACAAGAAGCUCACGCCGCUCCGUAUCGACUAUGUCUACCUACUGCUCAAGAAAUGA